AUGUGGGGCUCAUCCGAUUUACCUGAUAUUGCUCGAGAAGACAUUAGGGUGGUUGUUGGAAUAGAUUUCGGAACCACAUUUUCCGGGUUCGCUUAUGCUAACAAGAAAAAUCCGGAUGUAAUUGAAACGCACGAGACAUGGCCAGAACAGAAAGGUGUAUUGAAAACUCCCACAGUAUUACAGUACGACUCUGCUUGGACAGUCACUCAAUGGGGCUCUCCAGCUCUAGCUACUCGACCAAACCGGAAACGUAUGCAAAAUCAACAUGAUAAAAGGCCGGUGGAAUUGUUUAAACUGCACCUAGGAAAUAUGAAGGAGAAUGAGAAACCUCCAUUACCAGCCGGGUUAGACUUUAAAAAAGCUAUUACAGAUUAUUUAAAAGAACUGAAAAAGCUAAUGACAGAAGCACUUAUUACAAGAUGGCCGGGCCUUGACUUUAAUAGACAUGUAUUAAAAAUUAUGACAGUUCCUGCUGAAUACGAUGAACGUGCUCGAUACGCGAUGCGUAUGUGUUCUUACCAGGCUGGCAUGAUUGAUACCGUUAACUCGGAUCUGUUACAGUUUACUAGUGAACCGGAAGCGGCAGCGAUAUACUGCAUGCGCGUCUUAAAAGAACACGACUUGAAAGAAGGAUCCACAUUCUUGAUUGUUGACUGCGGUGGCGGAACAGUAGAUUUGACAAUGCGCACACUUCAACCAGCCGGCCGCUUGAAAGAAGUAACUGAACGUACUGGUGACUUUUGUGGUGGCUCUUACGUUGAUGCCGAAUUUCUCAAAUUCCUUUCUCGAAAAGUGGGCGAAUCUGCUGUCGAACUCUUAAAAAAAAAUCACUACACACAGUUACAGUACAUGGUUCAGGAAUUCUGCAACAGGGUGAAAUUCGAAUUUACAGGAGAUCCCAAGAGAUAUACUACAAAAGAAAUGGAUCUCGAAGAAGUCUGUCCUGUAUUGAUGCAAUAUGUGAAAGGCGACUAUAAAGAGCGAAUGGAAGAUGCAGAGUGGUUGAUUGAGUUAAACUUUGCUGCAGUGAAAGAGUUCUUUGACACGGUUGUUGGCAGAAUUAUUCGGUUAAUCAGAGGGCAGCUGGCAAAAGCGAAAGCAAAGGGAGUCAAAUGUCAAGCGAUGUUCUUGGUUGGUGGAUUUUCAGAAUCGCCUUAUAUCUUGAAAAGAGUUAAAGAAGAUUUCGGGAGAGAAGUCAAGACUAUUGCGGUGCCGUCCGAGCCGAUAGCAGCUGUUGUUAGGGGUGCUGUGUAUUAUGGACUCCAAAUGGAUUCAAUCCAAACCCGUGUCCUAAAAUCUACCUAUGGUGUCGAAAUUUAUCCCGAAUGGAAAUCCAGCGACCCAGCCACACGGAAAACGAACGACGGACGCAUAUAUAAAUUCUAUCGUCUGGCUACCCGCGGCACCGAGGUCAAAGUUGAUCAACAGUUUGGCUACACUGCAUACCCAGUGUUUCCAAAUCAGACUGGAAUGAAAUUUGAUAUUUACAUUACGUCGGAAACAGAUGCUACAUACUGUGAUGAGAGAGGAAUGUCAUCAUUUGGAACACUUGAAAUAGAUCUACCUGAUACAAAUCUUGGAACAAAUAGGCCUGUGGACUUUACCCUGACAUUCGGUAAGAUGGAGACAAGAGCUACCGCCAAGAAUAAGACAAAUGGAAAGUCAUCUGAUCGUGAUGUUACAACGUGGCUUUACUGCAACAAGAAGACUUUCGCUACUUACGCUUCAGGCACUUGGACAGAAAACCACAAGAUCAAUAUGUAUCAGACCGAUGAGACAAGGUCAGGAAUUAAGAUUUUGUCCGGCGAUCCUAGUUUUGACAGAAUGAUAUUGAAUUCCUCGUCGUUUUCGCUAGGCCCAUUGAAACCUCUAAUAGUAAGAACUUAUAAUCAAUCAGCAAGUCUUCUCGAAGGUGAGAACGAAGAUGUGAGCGAAGACGUCAGCGAACUUUAUCCAACUCAGAUUACGACGACUUAUGAGGAUGAAAUUCCUCCUGGAGUAUCCGAAGCGUUUUAUAAGCUUUACAACGAUAUCAUUUCCAAAUUGAACCCCAAGACCUUUCUGGCUUUUCCGCUUGCACACAGCAGUUUAAACGAUCUGAUAUACCACGUACGCACGCUACAGGAGGCGGCACUAAUACCCGAAGUCAUUGAACGAUGGCGUUUGUAUCGUCUACCCAUCAACGUUGUGACUACGCGACUUCUUGUCCGAAGAUUUUUGGAGAUUAAAGCUCUAGAAACACUAUUUGAUAUUUUGGCCGACAGAGCCAAAUACAGUCAAUUUCCAUCAUACAAAGACUUUCGUCGUCUCAUGUCUGCCUUUUCGGAAAAUAUCGGUCAACCGGAAGGAACACAGAGCAUUGAACAAGAUAUGACGAUGCUCGACAACGUUUUCAAGACGUUUGGUUUAAUGACUUAUUACGAUCUUACAGACUUUGAUCCACAUUCCUAUGCAAUACUAAUACUUGCAUCGAUAAAGAUUGAACACGAGGAUGCGUGGAAAAGAGCCGAUGUCAGCACGCAAGAAUUAAUGUCUCUUUUAUCGAAAAAUGGUAUCGGGAAAGUAGAGGAGCGGGAAGAUGCAGAUGAGCGUAGUAAAAUUGAACGUUAUGAGCGUAAUAAAGCUCUGCGAACGAAAGUCGAUCAGAUGCAUGCGAAAUCCGAGCGUACGGAAAGAAUUACAGCUUGCAUACGAGCGGCGACGGCGAUGGCUGAAGCAUACUCGCGUCGGGGAGAAGGUGAAAAAGCGAACAAGUUAGAGUUGUGGAAAAACGAUUUGUCGAAAUCUUUGAAGAAUUAA